UUCAGUCCGUGACAGCUGUAUGAGUCGGGCUCCGCAUUCAGAUUUGGCAGAGCUGAGAUUCCUACCGGCUGAGGCAGGCAGGCGGCUAUAUUUAGAGGGGAAAGGAUUAAAUUGCAGUAGGCAGUGGGGGCUUCAGGCUGGGAACCUUUUCUCUGCUCAGCCUUUUCUAGCCUGGACUGGGUGCCAAGAGGACCUGUGGCCACCAUUUCUUCCCCUUCGCAAGCCACCAUUUUCCCCACACCAUGGACCCCAAAGCCAUCAAGGAGGAGCUGCGCCUCUUCCAGAGCACCUUGCUCCAGGAUGGCCUCAAGGAGCUGCUGAACGAGAACAAGUUUGUGGACUGCACGCUGAAAGUGGGCGACCGGAGCUUCCCCUGCCAUAAACUCAUUAUGGCUGCCUGCAGCCCAUACUUCAGGGAGAUCUUCUUCUCUGAGGACGGCAAGGAGGUAGAGGCCACCAAGGAGGUGGUCCUGGACGAUGUCAAUCCCUCCAUCUUGGACAUGAUCAUCACCUAUCUGUACUCGGCCGAGAUUGACCUCACCGACGACAAUGUGCAGGACAUAUUUGCCGUGGCCAAUCGUUUCCAGAUUCCUUCAGUCUUCACCGUGUGUGUUAACUAUCUUCAGAAGAAGCUCUCCGUGACCAACUGUCUGGCAAUCUUCAGGAUGGGUCUGGUCCUCAACGUUCCCAGGUUGGCAGUGUCCGCCCGCGACUACAUCGCAGACCGCUUCGAGAUCCUCUCUAAAGACGAGGAGUUCCUCCAGCUGGCCGCUCAUGAACUGUUCGCUGUCAUUGGUGGCGACUCGCUCAAUGUGGAGAAGGAGGAGACAGUGUUCGAAGCCCUCAUGAAAUGGGUCCGCAACGACAAGGACAAACGCGUCCAGGUACUGGGUGACGCCUUCGAGUGCAUCCGCUUCCGCCUCAUGCCCGAGAAAUACUUCCAUGACAAAGUGGAGACGGAUGAGAUCAUCAAGGCCAACCCGGAACUCCUGAAGAAGGUCCAGAUUAUCAAAGACGCGUUCCAGGGGAAACUCCCAGAGAAGAAGGAGAAGGUAGCUGGGGAUGAGGGGGCGGAGGGCGAGGGUAGCGAGGCAGAGGAUGUUUUCCCAGGUUUCCUGAACAAUAACCGUCGCCACGGCAUGUACGUCCGCGACCUGAUACUGAUGAUCAACGACACCGCAGCGGUGGCAUACGACGUCAACGAGAACGAGUGUUUCCUGGCGGCCAUGUCGGAACAGAUCCCCCGGAACCACGUCAGCCUAACGUCACAGAAGAACCAGCUCUACCUCAUCGGAGGACUGUUUGUGGAUGAGGAGGACAAGGACGCUCCCCUGCAGUGCUACUUCUAUCAGGUAACCAUUUAGAGUUUGGGUCACUCUUUUGAUGGUUUCAAAUCUUCUAUUGGUAAUAUUUGCCUUUUCUAAUCUACGUUAGCUCACUAUGUAACAUCGCCAAAAGUCUUUGUUUGAUGUUAGAAUAAAAUGAUGUCAAUAGCACAAAACGCUGUCUUUAUUCAUAAUAUUUAUUCAUAACAGAUGAAUGCAGGCAUUCAUUCAUUCAUUCAUUCAUUCAUUCAUUCAUUCAUUCAUUCAACCCUUUGUAUUUCAGUUGGACACUCUUGCAGCUGACUGGGUAGCUCUUCCCCCCAUGCCUUCCCCUAGAGCUCUUUUCAACAUGGGAGAGUGUGAGAACCUGCUGUUCGCUAUUGCUGGAAAAGACCUCCAGAGCAACGAGUGUUUGGACUCUGUGAUGUGCUAUGAUGUCCAGUGAGUGGAAUAGCAUUCAAUAUGUCUCAUUCACUCAGUACAGUAGAAAGAUAUAGGACUUCUCAGCGCCUCUCUCUACCAUGUGUGUUUUGACCCUCCUGUUCUGUAAUGGCUUUCCCCAGGAAGAUGAAGUGGAGUGAGACCAAAAAGCUUCCCCUGAAGAUCCACGGCCAUUCUGUGGUCUCCCAUAAGGGUCUGGUGUACUGCAUUGGAGGAAAGACUGAUGACAAGUAUGUGUGUGUGUGUGUGUGUGUGUGUGUGUGUGUGUGUGUGUGUGUGUGUGUGUGUGUGUGUGUGUGUGUGUGGUCUUGUUCCUCUAUCCUUGUGGGGACCUGAAUUCCCCCAAAGUCCCCACAAGGAUAGUAAAACAAGGACAAUUCUCUCACGUGGGGACAUUUCCCACAUCUCCAUGAAGACAAAGGCUAUUUUAAGCUUAGGUGUUACGUUUAGGGUUUGGGUUACAAUUAGGGUUAGGCGUUAGGGUUAUGGUUAGGUUCAGGGGUUAAGGUUAGGUUAGGGCUAGGGUUAGGGGUUAAGGAAAAUAGGAUUUUGAAUGGAAAUAAAUAUUUGGUUCCCACGACGAUAGAAAAAGUGUGUGUGUGUGUGUUGUGUGUGUCUGUGUGUGUGUGUGUGUGUGCGUGCGUGUGUCGUGCUAAAGAUAUGGUGUGAGCUGCAGCUGUUUGUAGUCUAUCAUUAUAAGAACUGAGCAUGCUAGACCAUAGAGCUAGUGUAGAAGUCAUUAUUUUGAUUAUGGAACUACACAUGGUAAAAUAUACAGUUAUUCAAACGUGACCGUAGUGAAAAUAAUGUAUUCUUUGGGUUACAUGUAAAGCAGUGGAGGCUGCUGAGGGGAGGACGGCUCAUAAUAAUGGCUGUAAUGGAGUCAAUGGAAUGGUAUCAAACACAUGGAAACCACGUCUUUGAUGUGUUUGAUACCAUUCCAUUUGCUCCAUUCCAGCCACUAUUAUGAGCCGUCCUCCCCUCAGCAGCCUCCACUGCAUGUGAGCCCAUACAGUCUUACAUGUUGUCUGAUUUACUGAAUCCUAACCGUAACUAAAUCCAUCACAGUCUUUCUAUACUGCUUUCCUGAGAUCUGACAACCCUGUCUAUCGUUCUCCUGCGCAGCAAAGCCCUGAACAAGAUGUUUGUAUACAACCACAAGCAGUCGGAGUGGAGGGAGCUGGCUGCCAUGAAGACAGCCAGAGCCAUGUUCGGAGCCGUCGUUCACAACGGAAAGAUCGUGGUGGCUGGUGGAGUCAACGAGGAAGGCCUCACUGCUGCAUCUGAAGUCUACGACUUUGGAACAAACAAGUAUGUAGCAUUUUCUUUGGUGAUAAAUCAGUUUACGAACUUGUUACACCUUUUAAUAUCACUCUUCAUAACACCAUUUGCUGGUUCUGGAUGGUAAACGUUAUUAGUCAUCUUGAGUCAGGAUGGCCUUAAUUAUAAUGAGUCCCCCUGACGGUAUCCCUAAUGAACUUCUUUCCCAGAUGGGAGGAGUUCACAGAAUUUCCCCAGGAGAGGAGCUCAGUGAACCUGCUGAGCAGUGAGGGGGCCCUGUACGCCGUAGGAGGCUUCACCAUCAUCCAGAAUGAUAACAAGGAGGUGGUCCCCGCAGAGGUCACUGAUGUUUGGCAGUAAGUCCCCUCUUUUAAUGUUAUUAUGUUAUUGACCGGGAUUCAAACCGAGGUCUUCUUCAUGCAUGCAACAGGACUGUGUUAGCCCAUUGUGCUAAAGCCUAGGCAGUAGCUCGGUGAGCCAACACAAGUUCACAUUGUUCAACCCUGUUUGUUUUGGGUUUGUUUGUUUCCAUUUCCAUUCCUGUGGACAAGAAAGUAGAACUUAUUCAUCUUAGUUCAAUUAUAAUAAUUUGUUAUAGAAAUGUAUGAUAAGAAAUAAAGGUAAAGCUACAUCAAAAAUAAAGGAGAGGGCCCUACUUGGUCAGUGGUACUGUACAAACAAUCAACUACGUCUUGUUCUGUUCCUCAUCACUGUAUCUUCCUUUUCCCUGUGUUAGGUACGAGGAGGACAAGAAGGAAUGGAGCGGGAUGCUGAGGGAGAUGCGUUACGCCGCCGGCUCCUCCUGCGUAUCCAUGCGCCUCAACGCUGCCAAGAUGCCCAAACUCUAGACCCUAGCUGCCCCCUGUGAUGCCCUCUGUCUGCCCGGACAACCACCAUCUUCUCUGGGUAGUCUUUCCAUUUCAGGAAUAGAGGCGGUGUCACUGUUACAUGACAGCUCAAAUGUGGACUCUUAUUGGUUGAUUGUGUCGUGAGUUUCUGUUUGUCUCUCUCUGAUCUCAGGUGGAUUUCUGUACAAUAAAAACCACAUCUACUUUGCUUCAGUGAAGACCGCAUCAGUAUAUUAGUUUCCUUCAUUAUAGAGUAACCCACAAUGUGUAUUUAGCUAGCUUUUUUUGUAAAAUAAAUAUUUGUUCAAAAA